AUGUCACAUAGUGUUGACGCCAGCAUCAAGGUUCUCCUGCUCGGUGAUAGUGGGGUAGGAAAAUCCUCUCUCAUGCUUUCGUUUGCCAUGGGCAGUUUUGAUCCCGACAUCAGUUCAACUAUAGGAAUCGACUUCAAAGUCAAGACUGUUGAGGUUGUUGACUCUGCUGGAGCAAGAAGAAAAGUUAACCUGAAUCUUUGGGAUACCGCCGGGCAGGAGCGGUUCCGUACCUUAACAAGUUCAUACUACCGUGGGGCUCAUGCUGUUGUACUGGUGUAUGAUGUGAAUGAACCUCAGACAUUUCACGGAUUGCAGCGUUGGAUCGAAGAAGCGGAUGCCUUUUGUCGAACAGAUGAUGAGGACGAUGCGGUUUAUUUACUCAUCGGUAACAAGAUUGACAAGUGCGGAGGUGAGGGAUCAGACAGUGAGGCAUCCAUGGCUGUGCCAAAGGAACAGGCACAACAACUCGCACAGAAACGCCGUAUGCUACUGGCGUUCACGUCAGCCAAGACAUGUGCAGGGAUUCAACAGGCCUUUGAUGAACUGGCACGUUCAGUUUAUGAUAAAAUGCGAAUGAAAAACAAUGACCGCCCCUCUAGACUAAACUUCAACAAGUCACGAGAUGAUCAAAAUCAUGGCAUGUGCUGCUAG